AUGCUUCCUCAAACUCUUCUUUCCAUUCUCCUCACCACCGUCCUAUCAACCACAACCAUCGCCAUGUCUCUCGCACCACGAGACACCAUUCACGCCAGCGACAUGGACCGCUACAAUGCCGUCAUGUCCACCGUCAAGGGCUCGCAGUUCUUGCAUCUCUACCUGAAAGACAACCAGGUCAAACUCGACAUUUACGAGGAUCCCUCCAACGCCCUGGUCAGCCAGAAUUCUUUCGCCCCCAGCGAGAACGCGCCCAAAUACUUUGAGCAGGAAGAAAAACGCGAAGAAGCUCUGCAAAAUGAAGAAGCAGAAGCUGUCAACAAGGAUAAUUCUGCUGCGAACAAGGAUACGGGUAAUGGACAGGCCGCCUGA